UUAUUCAGGCAGGACGCUGGCACUUAAAGGGUUCAGGAUUGAUUGAAAUAUGCAAGCUUAGGAUUAAUUCAUAUAUGGAAAUUGAAGGUAAGCUUAAUCUUAUAAAAGAAAAUAAGUUUAUUUAUUUUUAUUAUACAUUGAUUCAUAUAUGGAAAUUAAUGAUUGACUCAAACAUGGAAUAG